CUCUUCUCGCGAGGCCGGAUAGGCCCGAAUGUAGUUAGCCGUGGGGAAAGAUGGCGGAAAAUUUAAAAGGCUGCAGCGUGUGUUGCAAGUCUUCUCGGAAUCAGCUACAGGAUCUAUGUCGCCUGGCCAAGCUCUCCUGUCCUUCCCUUGGUGUUUCCAAAAGGAACCUCUAUGAUUUUGAAGUCGAGUACCUGUGUGAUUACAAAAAGAUUCGGGAACAAGAAUAUUACCUGGUAAAGUGGCGUGGAUACCCAGACUCAGAGAGCACCUGGGAGCCACGGCAGAAUCUGAAGUGUGUCCGCAUUCUCAAGCAGUUUCAUAAGGACUUGGAAAGAGAGAUGCUCCGUCGACAUAACCGGUCAAAGCCACCUCGGCAUUUGGAUCCAAGCUUGGCCAACUACUUGGUCCAGAAGGCUAAGCAAAGGCGAGCACUAAGGCGGUGGGAGCAGGAGCUCAAUGCCAAGCGUAGCCACCUGGGACGCAUCACUGUGGAAAAUGAGGUGGACCUGGAUGGGCCUCCAAGAGCCUUUGUCUAUAUCAAUGAGUAUCGUGUUGGUGAAGGCAUCACACUUAACCAGGUGGCUGUGGGCUGUGAGUGCCAGGACUGUUUAUGGGCUCCUGUUGGAGGGUGCUGCGCAGGAGCAUCACUGCACAAGUUUGCCUACAAUGACCAGGGCCAAGUGCGGCUGCGAGCAGGGCUACCUAUCUAUGAGUGUAACUCACGCUGCCGCUGUGGCUAUGACUGCCCCAAUCGAGUGGUGCAGAAGGGCAUUCGCUAUGACCUCUGCAUCUUCCGCACAGAUGAUGGACGUGGCUGGGGUGUCCGCACACUGGAGAAGAUCCGUAAGAACAGCUUCGUCAUGGAGUAUGUGGGAGAGAUCAUUACCUCAGAGGAGGCUGAGCGGCGGGGCCAAAUCUACGACCGCCAGGGUGCCACCUACCUCUUCGACUUGGACUACGUGGAGGAUGUGUAUACAGUGGAUGCUGCCUACUAUGGCAACAUCUCCCACUUUGUCAACCACAGUUGUGAUCCCAACCUGCAGGUGUACAAUGUCUUCAUAGACAACCUGGAUGAACGACUGCCGCGCAUUGCUUUCUUUGCCACAAGGACCAUCUGGGCAGGCGAGGAGCUCACCUUUGAUUAUAACAUGCAAGUGGACCCUGUGGACAUGGAAAGCACUCGAAUGGACUCCAACUUUGGCCUGGCUGUACUCCCUGGUUCCCCUAAGAAGCGAGUCCGUAUUGAAUGCAAAUGUGGGACUGAAUCCUGCCGCAAAUACCUCUUCUAGCUCUUCGAAAUCUGAGACCAGACUGACUGUAAGGGCCUGAUGCCGCAUUCCUACCCAUCCACUACUGCCCUCCUGUCAGAAGAAUGACUGUCAGAACAUCCUACCUGCCACUCUCUGCCCCCACAUGUUCUGUGGUCAGGGCUUUAGGGCUGCGGUGAGGACUGACUUGAGGAGUCCCCUCUCCCUGUCUCAGCCCCAUCUGUGGCUGCACUUACAAACCCC